ACUAGUGCUUCGUUCACUUGGAAGACGGCGGCGAAAUUAUAACUUCCCAAAACCUUGAAGCUUUCAGUGAAUGGGGAGGUGGAGAGCCGCUGCUUCUCUUCUCCUCAGCCGCGUAGCCGCCGCCGGAGCUUCUAAAUCAUCCGUUCCCGCCAAGCCUCCUUUCCAUAUACACUGCCCUUCAGCCUCCACCUCCUUCCACUUCCGCUUCCUCAAUUCACGACCUUUCUCUGCAAUCCCGUCUCGGAUUUCCUUUGAAGCCAAUGAUUACGACUCUGAGCCGCCCUGCUACGCUCGGAGUCAGAGCCAAGCUAAGGACGACGAAGAAACGGGAAAAAUACCUAUUAAAGCCUACUUCCUUUGUACCAGUAUCAAUUUGAAGAGCAUGCAAGCCGAGAAUUUAAUCAAUGUCAUUCCUCCUUCUUCUCGCUCAUCGAAUUACAUUGCCCUCAGAUUUUGCGAUUUCCCUUCAGAAAAUUCUGAAUUUGGAGUCUGGCGUUAUAUGGUCGUAUUCCAGUAUGGAUCUGCUGUUCUGUUUAAUGUUGAGGAUCGUGAAGUUGAUGGUUAUCUGGAUCUAGUUACAAGACAUGCUUCUGGAUUACUUCCAGAGAUGAGAAAAGACGAUUAUGCUGUAAAAGAAAAGCCACAGCUGGAUGAGGACAUGCAGGGUGGCCCAGACUACAUAGUUCUUAAGACUUUGGACACUGAUUCUAUUCGCAUUAUUGGCAGUGUGCUUGGCCAAAGUAUUGCUUUAGAUUAUUUUGUUUCGCAGGUUGAUGGUAUGGUUGAAGAGUUUGCAGAUAUAAAUCGUGGAAUGGAGAAAACUGGAACAUUCACAAUGCACAAAAAGAAGCUCCUUCAACUUGUUGGAAAGGCAAACUCAAACUUAGCCGAUGUAAUUCUUAAAGUUGGUCUUUUUGAGAGAUCAGAAAUUGCUUGGAGGGAUGCAAAGUACGCUCAAAUACAUGAGUACCUUCGGGAGGAGUACGAGGUUACACAACGCUUUGGAAACUUGGAUUUCAAGUUAAAGUUUGUAGAGCACAACAUUCAUUUCUUGCAAGAAGUCCUUCAAAACAGAAAGUCGGAUCUUCUGGAAUGGUGCAUCAUCUUCCUGUUGAGCAUAGAAAACAUAAUAUCACUAUACGAGAUUGUUCGUGAUUCAGCUGCAGCUUAACAUUAUAUCACUACACGAGAUUGUUCGUGAUUCAGCUGCAACAUCUCUGUGAUCUCGGAAGCAGAUGAGAAAAGUUGCAGCAGCCAAAGUUACCGUAGGAAAUUAAUUUUGUCAACAGAGAAAGUGAUUUUUUUAUGGAUAUUCUUUCACUGUAAAAAAAAAAUUCUGUGAUUCCUUUCUAAUUAAAUUGCAAUUUCAGUA